AUGUCGUUCAUGGGAAGCAUGCUGGCCCCACGGCACAUUCAGAACAUGAGUGAAGCCAAAAGUCUUCAACCUCAUUGGGGCUAUGCAGACAGGGCGGUCCCUUGCACCAACGAUGCAGGCUCGUGCAGCUAUCUCGACUCAGUCUAUCAUUCUCACGACCUGGGUAUGCUUUAUUGCGGCAUUCUUUGGGCAACGAUAGGAGGCAUCGUCUUUAUUUGGGGUAUGGGAAGGCGUGUCCUUACGACAGCACAGCACCAGCAAAGUACAAUCGGCCGUCUGCAGAGCACGAUUGCCUCAUUCAGCCGCCAACACUUCUUGCCAGACAGUGUCAGAAUUCUCUUUGGUCGGACUACUCGACUCCAAGUCCUCAUCCUCGCCACCUUGACAGCGUAUCUUGCUAUCUGGACAUUCGUCGGUAUCACUUACAAGAAAUGGGUUACACCUGUGAAGAACAUGCCGGGAGUCUACAACACGCGAACUGGCCUUGGACCAUGGGCUGACCGUGUGGGAGUCCUUGCCUACGCCUUGACGCCCCUUUCGGUCCUGCUCUCCAGUCGAGAGUCUCUUCUUUCGCUUAUAACCGGUGUUCCUUACCAGCAUUUCAACUUUCUACACCGCUGGCUAGGCUACAUCAUAUUCCUGCAGUCUGCAUUGCACACGAUUGGUUGGUGCGUCGUCGAAAUGAGACUCUACCAACCUCAGCCCACGGUCGGAAUUGAGUGGAUAAAGCAACUGUACAUGAUCUGGGGAGUGAUAGCCAUGUUCCUCCUGACGGUGAUAGUCGUCUCGAGUACACCGUGGGCAAUCCGCAGAACAGGCUACGAGUUCUUCCGCAAGUCACACUACGUCUUGGCCAUGGUUUAUGUUGGCGCAUGCUGGGGACACUGGUCAAAACUCAAUUGCUAUCUGAUUUCGUCACUUGUGGUAUGGCUGAUCGAUCGCGGUGUCCGACUGGUAAGGACCGCACUGCUCCACUACAACUACCUCUCGCAAGCCGACAUGGGUUUCAAGAGUGCGAGUGCUGCGAUCACUCGUUUUCCAGACGCUGUUAAUGGGGAUGUGGUGCGGCUAGACUUCGCUCAUCCGCAGGAUGCUUGGGAGAUUGGUGAACAUUUUUACCUAUGCUUCCCAGAAUUGAGUAUUUGGCAAGCCCACCCUUUCACACCGUGCAGUCUGCCUGGGCGCAAGCCUCAAGGCCAAACACACUCGUACGUUCUCAGGGCCAAGCAAGGGGAAACCAAGAGGCUUGCCAAUUUGGCCGCUGCUAAGGCUGCAGUCUCAGUCCAGGCAGGAAAGGCCAUUGUGACCAGUCCACCAACCACAUCGGUGAUCCUCACCGGCCCGUAUGGAGGAUCCAUCGUCAGUCAGCAGUCGGCGGAUACGAACGUGCUAUGUGUGGCUGGUGGAACUGGGGUGACCUUCGUCCUUCCGGUUCUGCAAUUUAUCGUGACACAGCAGAAUCUACGGCCUGAUCGGAGGAUUGAGCUCGUCUGGGCGAUCCGGAGAGACGAUGAUUUGAUGUGGGUUAAGCCAGAGCUGGAUCUUUUACAGCGAGCCGGAGCGGCGCACAACCUGAAGAUUCGCAUCUUCGUCACCAGAGAGAACGCUCGACCACAUGUCGAGAGUGCUAUGGCGCAACCUACAUCUAAGUCUUAUGUUGUCGAGGACAAGAUGGAACUGAUGUCGGAUUCAUCCUCGUCAGAUGAGUUCAAAACUUCAUCAAACUCGGGUGCUGGACUCCUCUCGAUCCAACAUCCUUCUUCUUUGGAACAAAGUCCUGUGUCGAGGCACCCUGAUCUGAGAGCUCUUGUCAACGGCUUUGUAGAUUCCACGGUCCGCGGUUCCACGACAGUAUAUGCAAGCGGACCUGGUGGCAUAGUAUCCGACCUGCGCAGGGUCGUGGCUGGCUGCAACUCGGCGCGCAAGGUAUGGAAAGGGAACGAGAGAUUCGAUGUGCAACUCGUCUGCGACGACAGGUUGGAAUGGUGA